AUGCCUUCAACAACUUCCGGAAGGAUCAUUAAGACCCGAAAGGGCAAAAAGGGUACUGCCCAUCAAAAGAAUCAUCGAUGGGAAUCCUUCACAACCAAGAUCUCGAAACUAAACUCCCUCGACCCGUUACGAAGAGUUCGCCGACAUGACCUCGAUGCCGAAGAUAUUUCCGCGACAACCUCAUACUUCAAAGCCAGUUUGGAAAAAUGGGCCGAACUCAAUUUAUCGUCUGAAUUCAUUUCAUUUACGGAGGAAGUAUUUCCACUAUGCGACAGUCUACCGCAAAUUCUACAUUUUGAGGAUAAGAUCAUGGGCCUCUUCAUCACUUAUAUGGAGAAGAAGCAGAGGGAUUCAUUGGAGCCAUUGUUGGAGUUAAUUACAGAUUUUGCGCAUGAUUUAGGACCUCGAUUCGAAAAGCACUAUGCGAAAGCUCUGGAAUUAGUUACAUUGAUAGCAGGAACUCCUCAAGAUGUCGCAGUUGUAGAAUGGAGCUUUACAUGUCUCGCAUUUCUGUUCAAAUAUUUGUCCAAACUUAUUGUACCAGAUUUACGUCCAACAUAUAACUUAAUGGCACCAUUACUCGGAAAAUAUCGUCAACCUCCACAUAUUGCCCGCUUCGCUGCGGAGGCCAUGAGCUUUCUCAUCAAAAAAGCUGGCGCACCGGCACACAGAGAGAAGGCCCUUCCAUUAAUCGUACGUCACGCGAAAUCAGAUCUUCUGAGUAUCGCAGAUACCAAACAAUUUGGCCUUUACUAUCAUGGAUUAAUGACCUUGUUCGCAGAGGCUAUGAAGGGAAAUGGAUUGAGUGUACAUACGUCGGGUCCAGCGAUCUUCAAGUCCCUUUUCCGAGCCCUUGAUGAGAGUGAUUUUGGGGAAAAGGGGGCCUCGCCGUGGGUGGAUGUCAUAUGUGGCGUGCUAACCAGCAUCGUUCAUCAUACAACCCCGGAGACCAUCAAAGAGAUCCUAGAACUUGUAUUGGAGGAGGCAAAUACUAUUACCGAUUCCUUUACAGAGUCUAAGACUAUGUAUAAUUUCAACAAACUUCUACUCUCAGCCCGGACAAUAGGAAUUGUGGCCGGUGUUCGACGAGCCUCGCGAGUGCAGAAUUGGCCAGUCCUUCUCCAGGCGUUAUCUAAUAUACUACGAGCAGUUUCUAAGAACCCAUCUUUAGUGGCAACCGACGACAAACAUCUGGAUUUGUGGAAGUAUCUCAUAGAGAGCACAGCUAUUGCUCUUACAUAUUCUCCAAUGGAUGCCACCAUCCCUUUUAUCUCCCAUUUCAUGGAUGCUUUAGCCAAGGAUCCAUUGGCAAAAUGGUUCUUGACAUUCUGCUCCUAUUUGUCGCAAGGAGAGCCAGAGCGCUUCCGUAUUAUUGCGUUGCCUUACUUCCAGAGAUUCAUUGUUACACACUGGUCUGAUGCCGAAAAUGGAGAUACGUUGUGCGUGUUAUUACCGAAAAUGGUAUCAUCAGGAGUUCUCCCAAGUCGAUAUGGAAAGGAUGCAUUUUCGCUACCUCAAUCUUGGCAGGACCAGAUUGUCAGUAAAUUCGAACGACUAGAACUACAACCUUUUCCCGAACAGGUAUCACCAGCCACCUAUAACCGUAGCCCAAAAACAUGGCAUGAUCGAUGCUUGCCUAAAUAUAAUGCUUUGUUGGAAAUAUUGGAGUGCACUGCUGUACACCCUUCGACGAACGCAAGAAUUGCAGAAAUCCUACUCCGCAAGCUUAAACUUGCGCUCAGGCCAUCUUCUUCACUCGCACCAGAGGAAGCCCAUUUUAUUGUUGGUCGAGGCUUCAGUUCCUUUUCUCGCAUGACCAAAGGAGCUGGUGAAGUCGACAGGGCUCUGGAACCAUUGUUACGCGCAGCUGCGCCCCGGUAUGCUCGAUUACCAGGUUUCCUAGAAGCUCUUUUAGGUUACAAGGCGAGUCUCAAAUUAUUAUCUCCUCAACCUGACAAUGGGAAAGCGAGCGACGAAGAAGAUACGAGUGACUCGGAAGCCGAAUUCGACCUCUUGGUUCGAUCUUUGGUAGAGAACCUUUCAUCCGACUCUGGCGAAUUGCGCCUUCUUUCCCUGCGACUACUAGAGAAUAUCCAUGACACCGACCAUGGUGGAUCUUCGGAAGCAAUUACACUCAUGAUUAUGAUCGAGCAAACGCCCUUGGAUUUGCAAUCUGCUCGUUCUGCCUCCAUGCACAUUCGCAAACUUGCUUCCAUUUAUACUUCACAAAUGACCAUACCUUGGAUGAAAUAUGCCAUACCAUCAUUUUGUUUUGGUAUGCUUACUGUGAAGAUGGCGCAAAUUUGGGACGACGCUAGUGCUGCUCUCAAACAGAUUGCUGAAACCAAAGUUGGGGAAGAGGCAGUUGCUGUCUUAGCAUUCAAAUGGCUGGAGACACCAUCAGUAAGAUGGAGUGGACCUCCAGCACCAGUAGGAAAGGAUCAAAGCAAUGGUUUGACUGAUUUUGAAUGCUCCAACCUUAACAACUUAGACAAACUUGCACACGAAGCCGACUUGGAAGUUCUCAAUGCUCGUGACACUAUGCUUGAGAAAUUUGAGGUCGCUCAACAAUUGAUCGAUGCUCAGCCGAGCGCUGCCAGAUCUCAGGCCCUUCGUGUUCUGUCUGCAAUUCCCAUGAUUGGCGAAAGACGAUCUCGACAACUCAUUCCAAUGUUCCUUUCUUGGGCCAGCAAAACUUCCGAGGAGAUGGAUCAGACUGGCGAUGGGGAUAUAGCAGCUGUGAGUGAUUGGACAAGGAAGGACCAGAAGGGGCUCUUAGAUGUGUUAGGCCUGUUCGGCAAUCCAAGGUCUAUCUUCAAGUCGGAUGAGGUCUACCAAGCACUUCUGCAAUUAUUGGCAAACGGUGACAUCGAGAUCCAGAAAGCUGCUCUAAAGGCCGUCUUAACAUGGAAAAACAAGAGCGUCAGACCCUACCAGGAGAACCUCUCGAAUCUGCUCGAUGAAGCUCGCUUUAAAGAUGAGAUUACUAUCCUUCUUCAGGGGCAGACUUUGGUUCAACCGGAGCAUCGAGAAGCCCUUAUGCCAAUCCUUCUCAGGUUGCUCUAUGGCCGCACGAUCUCUCGAAAGGGUGCUGCCAGCGGGAAACAAGGUAUGGAGGCAAGAAGGUUGACAGUGCUAAGAAAUCUGAGCCUUGAAGAUACUGGAGGAUUUUUAGACAUUGCUCUCGGUGAUUUGAAAGAUCUGGACUUAAUAAAGGAUGGAGUGAUUCAGAUGUCAAUUUUCGACAAGGAGUUAUUGGGUGCCAGGAAGCAAGUUGGGUUUACAAACAUGAUGGAAUCAGUGGUGAAAGAGUUAGCCACGAAGGUUGUACCUCUUACCCGAAAGUUGCUCGAAGCUGUCUUGUACUGCUUGGUAAUAGCUUCCCGACAGCUACAGGGCGAGUCGGUCGAAGAAACUGAAAAUGACGAAGAGACCAGCAAAAUCUCUCUGUUCAAAGUUGUACGACAGACUGGACUGAAGUGUCUCAUACUCUUGUUCAACAAUUCUGCAGACUUCGACUGGUCUCCAUAUGUGGAUCUGAUUGUGGCCGAGAUUGUUUUACCAAGACUCGACAACCUACCAAUUGAAACUGCGCAGGGUAUCUCCGGCCUUCUCCGACUGUUCUCGGCGUGGUCAGGCUCAAUGAAGACGGUAUCACUCCUCGGUAGCCACGAAAAAAUCUUGCCAAAGGUGGCAGAGUGUCUAUCACCUCCUAAAUCUAAGGAUGAAGUCAAACUUUUCGCUCUUUCCAUUAUCAAGGGUGUCGUUAAGUGUGCACGAGAGCAAGCAGUAGGAGGGAACGAACUUGUAAAGGAACAGCUUUUAACACCAAAUAUGGAUCACUUCCUCAUUCAAAUAGGUGGAAUUCUUCGCAACCAAAACGAUAUGAGCAAGGAUUUAUUAGAAGGUUGUGUUGAAACUGUCUCUGAGUUAGCACCUUUUGUCACGAACUCGACACAAGGUCGCAACUUGGUUGAUGUAUCGGUGUUCUUACUUGAUCAACCCUCACGGAGGGUUACUCCCAAAACCAAAGCCGGGUUGCUUCUGGUUUUGGAGCACUUUGUGCCUCUCUACGACCUCCAAAAUGACGCGGACCUCAAGGAUCGGGUUUACCAUACUGUCACUUCGCUAUUCGGCUUCUUUAAAGAUAAGAUUAGUAGGGAGGUCUUAUCACGAGUGCUCUUAGUCUACUCGGAUAACGAUCCCGUUUUGAAGGAAGUCGCUGGACUAUGUUUAGAUCUCAAUUCCUUUGCUGAAGGAAGACUUGACGAACCUGAUUAUGAUCGCCGAUUGAAGGCUUUCAACGCCAUCAACGCCAAAAGAGAUCUCGACUUUAAUUCGUAUCAAUGGACACCGCUACUUUUCAACAUGUUAUUCUAUAUCAAGCAUGACGAGGAGUUUGGAAUAUUGUCAUCGAAUUCUUCUGAUGGCAUUUGUCGAUUCAUCGAAACAGCCAAAGAUGCAAAAUCAAAUUCUGAUUUCCCGGCCUUCCAAAACAUGCUCUCCACCAUCCUGAUUCCGGCCCUAUUUGUUGGCGUUCGUGAACCUUCAGAAAUUAUCCGUCGCGAGUAUAUGAAAGUUAUGGCUCAUUUGAUCCGUAACUUCCCGGAAUGGUCUGAAGUCAGCGAUAUGCACAAUCUCUUGGCUGGUGAAGAUGAGGUGGAAUCUUCAUUCUUCAACAACAUUAUCGCAGCAGGUAAAGGCCGACAGUCUAGUGCGUUGGGACUCCUUUCGUCUGCUGCGGAGAAGGGAGAGUUAAGCAGCAAGAACGUUGGCCAUUUCUUCAUCCCUCUUAUCGAACAUUUUAUUUUCGACAGAGCCGAGGGCAAUGAUGGGCACAACCUUGCCGCCGAAGCUACAACUACCGUCGGAGUCCUUGCAGGUUCGCUGGAGUGGCCACAGUAUCGUGCCAUGCUGAAACGGUUCAUUGGAUAUGUUCAGGCCAAGCCUGAUCUCGAGAAACAAAUCAUCCGUCUACUCGGCAGAGUUAUCGAUGCGCUGGCCCUUGCAGCACAGCCUCCCGUCGAUACGGACAUGGAAACUGAUAUUCCCAAGGUUCGAAGCAAGUUGGCUACUACGAUGCCCAAAGAACCGAAGUUUUCAGAUGAUCUUACUUCCAACAUCUUACCACCUUUGACGGAUUACCUCCAUGACAAAGAUGAAUCGACUGUCAGCUUGCGUGUUCCUGUUGCGAUCAUCGUUGUUAGGCUACUUCAACUAUUGCCACAAGAGAAAAUGAACGAACGACUUCCAGCAGUUUUAACUGACAUUUGUCAUAUCCUUCGAAGUAAAGCACAAGAAUCUCGAGACUUGACUAGAGAUACCCUGGUAAAAAUCUGCGCUUUACUUGGUCCAUCCUGUUUUGGCUUUAUUCUGAAAGAGCUUCGAAGUGCUUUGGCCCGAGGUUCCCAACUUCAUGUGCUUUCCUACACAAUGCAUUCCAUGUUGGUAGCCACAACACCAGAGUAUGCUCCGGGUGAUCUUGAUUACUGCUUGCCUUCAAUCGUCGCCAUCAUCAUGGAUGACAUCUUUGGUGCUGUUGGGCAGGAGAAGGAUGAGGACGGAUACAUCAGCAAGAUGAAGGAAGUUAAGAGUAGUAAAAGUCAUGAUUCUAUGGAAUUGAUUGCCAAGACAGCUACGCUUAGCCGCCUGACCGAUUUAAUCCAUCCGAUUCGAGUACUAUUAAAGGAGAAGCUAAACAUUCGCAUGGUACGAAAAAUUGAUGAACUCCUGAACAGGAUCAGUUCUGGAUUGCUCAAAAACACAGCCGCUGGAAGUCGUGAUAGUCUCGUCUUUUGCUACGAAGUUAUACAGGACGUAUACAACAGCCAGAAGCCUCAAGCAAAACGAGGCAGGGAUGAUUACAGACUCAAACGUUAUUUACUACAAAAGGGUGCCAAGAGAGGUGGAGACCGCGGUGCUACAACCAUCUACACAUACAAGCUUGUUAGAUUUGCCUUUGAUGUUAUGAGAUCUGUUCUCAAGAAGCACGAUAGUCUUCGAACACCCAGCAAUCUUGCAGGCUUCAUUCCAAUCAUUGGCGAUGCAAUUUCUCAAGGAGAAGAGGAAAUCAAAGUCGCGACCUUUAAAUUGCUCAGUACAAUUGUGAAGGUUCCGCUGAAGGUCGACAGUGAUGGCACCAAUCUUUACCGAGUCGCCACGGCUGAAGCUAUCAAAUGCAUAUCCGGAUCUUCUUCAACCACUUCGGAUGUUGCUCAAGCUGCUCUGAAGUUGAUCUCGGCUGUUCUCAGAGACCGUAAAGAUGUUCCCGUUAAGGAUAGGUCAGUUGACGAUACACUCGAGAGAAUGAAGGAUGAUAUGACAGAACCAGAGCGACGACAUGUUACUUUCAAUUUCUUGAGAGCUGUGUUGGAUUCUAAGGUUGAGACUGCCGUAGUAUACGACACCCUUGACUAUGUCGGCACAGUGAUGGUAACAAAUGAUGAUAAAGAUACUAGAGAUUUGGCGCGUGGUGCAUAUUUCCAUUUCCUUCGAGAUUUCCCACAGAAGAAGAGUCGAUGGACGAAGCAGUUGGCAUUUAUCAUUGCAAAUCUGAAGUACGAGAGAGAAGGUGGAAGAUUGUCGAUACUCGAAGUCAUCCAUCUACUAUUAUCAAAGUCCUCGCAUGACUUCGUACAAGAGGUUUCAGCAACAUGUUUUGUGCCGUUGAUAUUUGUUCUCGCCAACGAUGACAGUGAGAAGUGUCGUAUGGCAGCCGGAGAAGUUCUCAAGGAGAUUUUCAAGAGAGCCGAUCAAGAACGCACGACGAGUUUCCUCGCUCUUCUCCGAUCAUGGAUCAAACAAACCGAGAAUACUUCAGUUGUUCGAUUGGCUUUACAAACGUAUGGCUUCUACUACAAUUCUCAAUCCGAAGUGGAGGAUACGGAUGUUAAAAUCCUACUCGCCUCUGUUUCAGAGACUAUCGGUACUGCGAACGAUCACGAGGCGGACUGGGAGUUGAUCUACGCAGCCCUCCAGCUCACUACAACUAUGUGUCAGAAGUUUCCCGAUGCACUUUUGUCUUCUAAGACAUCGGCUUUAUGGUCCGCUGUAAGAGUAUGCCUAUCAUACCCUCAUGCAUGGGUCAAAUUAUCUGCUGCACGACUUAUUAGCACAUACUUUGCAGACUUUGCGAGAACCAACGCUGAAGCUGGCCUUGAAGGCUUGCCUCUGAAGGGAUCUCGCGGCCUCAAACUCCCUGGCGAUGACAUUUCUGAUUUCAUUCGCCGCAUAGUAGCAAUGCUCAAAACACCCGGGCUCACCGAACUACUCGCGGAAGAAAUUGUGAAGAACCUCAUAUUUCUCGGUCGCUGUGCCGCAUCGAAUCUUCUGAAGUGGAAGUCAAGUCAAAAAGGCGACGCGGAAGAAGAAGCUGAAGAUCUGGAGGACGAGGGAGGGCCUGUUCAGAAUACAGCUUUACAGUAUCUUUUCGGUCGCUUAUCGUUCCUAUUGAGAAGAGAAACAUCUCCUCCUCGAGCUUCCGCACUGGUCCCCAAGACUUCUUCACUGCAACUCUUACAAAUACUCUGCAGCAAGCUCGAAUCAGAACAGCUCGUCCCCUCCCUUCGAACCAUCAUUCUCCCCCUCCACAAUAUCACCGAUCCCUCAAUCCCCAUGCCCUACUCCACCGACGACCUCUUCCGCACCAAUUACGAAGCCUUGAAAACAUCGAGUGAGGAAUUACUCGAGACGUUGAAACGUAAAGUUGGUACUCAAGAAUAUUCAGAAGCACUCUUGAAGGUUAGAGAGGGUGUCAAAGAGAGGAGAGCGGCGAGAAGUGGGAAGAGGAAGAUUGCGGCUGUGAGUCAACCGGAGAAGUUUGGGGAGGAAAAGAGGAGAAAGGGAGAGAGGAAGAAGGAGAGGAGAAAGGAGAGAGGGGCAGAACAUAGUAAGAAGAGGAAUAUGUGGUAG